AUGCCUAGCCUUAUACAAAACUUCCACGUUCCCUUGAUUUUCAGCAGUCCAAUUAUAGUCUGUGGAUUCGUUUCAGUCUUUGCUUUUUUGAUAUUUACCGGCACCUAUCUUGUCACAACAUGUCGUUUCUACGUGGAGACAGCCUUUGGCGAUCGUCGAUACAGGGGCUUGGAGCCACCAAACCUGCCAUACUGGAUACCUUGGAUCGGAAGGGGCCUCGAGGUCGCCACGAACCCGCACAAAUUCUAUGAAACUGCCAUCGCAAUGUCACCUGGCCGUGGCCCAAUCAAAGUCCGGGUAGCUUCUUUACAUAUGUAUAUGAUUACCGGGGCCGACAAUAUCCAGACGCUCUUCCGGAAUUCGAAGGACCUCACCUUCGAGUUCAUGCAGAUCCGUGUAGCCCAGACGGUUAAAGGGCUUCCAGAGCAGGACGCGACAAGGCUCAGCAUUGACAACUCGGGGACGCUCGCCACCCCUCUGAGUCCGGUCCCUGAAAAGGAGCGAAUCUGGAGACAGCUGCACAACAUCUAUGCUGAAAACCUGGCCCACGGCAGAGCUGUAGACUGCCUAACCAGCAUGUUUGUGAGCGAGUUCUCUCGGAUGAUCGACGAGGAGCCACGAGGGAAGUGGAAACGGACUCAAGUUUAUAAGCUGCUGCAAGAUAAGAUGUUCAGGGCCUCCACUAUGGUCUUGGCCGGGCCCGGGAUCCUGGAGUCAAACCCGGGCUUCGCGAAAAAGUUCUGGCAGUACGACGCUGGUUUUAUGAAACUUCUCCUGGGCAACCCCCGCUUCGCCUGUCGCCAGGCUUGGGACGCCCGGGACCAUUGCCUGGAAGCCACCAAACGGUGGCUGGCUAACGGGUGGGCUAAAAUGGACUGGCAGGCCGCUUCCCAGCAGAACCCUGACUGGGAGCCAAACUUUGGACAUCGCUUAGUGAGAGCCAGAGAGCAAUGUCUUCAGAGUUACGGGGUGAGUCUCGAGGGCCGCGCAUCCCUGCAGAUGGGGUUGAUCUGGGCAAUCAACGGCAAUGCCAUCCCAAUGGCAGCGUACAUGCUCAUCGAAAUGAUAUAUGAGCCGUCUCUUUUGAGCCGUGUGCGCGAUGAACUCUCUUCAAUAGCGGGCUUGAACAAUUCCAGUUCACUCGAGCUCGAUGUCGCUGCUCUCUGCAGACUGCCAUUGCUAGGCUCUGUGUACAAAGAAUGUCUGCGCCUCCGAGCAUCGAUACCACUUACCCGUCGCUUGCAUAACGACAUUGAAAUCGAUGGCUAUACACUUCGAGCUGGAAAUUUCAUCCUCGCUCCAUCCUGGCUGUCACACCAGGACGAGAACGUGUGGUCGGUGCCCGGACACCCGCCCAAUGAAUUCUGGGCUGAUCGAUUCUUACAUAAAGGUAAGGGAUCAACUGUCGCCUCGCCGAAGCUCAGCGUGCCAAGCGCGGGACGAGAGAGUGGAAAUGCUAUCAAGGCAGGGGACUUCUUCCCCUUCGGUGGUGGCAGCAUUAUUUGCCCCGGGCGCUUUUUCGCCAAACAGGAGAUUUUGACUGCAGUUGCCCUGAUUGUGACCUCUUUCGACAUUGAAUUCGUCAAAAAUGUGCACCUGGGUGGAAGACCGUCUGAAAGAGGCCCUGGUCUGGAGAAUUGUGAAUCUAGGGGCAUCAUCUCGCUGGAUCGAGAUGUGAUGGUACGCAUGCGCAGACGGUCCUAG